AUGCUUCCGACUAUUCUUGCUUUUCAGUACCUGCUACACCCGCCUCUACAGCCCGCCUCCAUCACGGCUCUCCGGGCGCAGGCAGAGCCCUUGCCGUUCGCCAUUGCCCCCGCCAAUUCCUCGAAUGCCUUCAAAUCCACCCACACACGCAGUCUUCCCCUCGCAAAGCGAUGGGAUGGCCAUUGGAGUAUUGAAAGUCGAGGCUUUGAAGGUUCAGCAUUGAAAAAGUCCGCGAACCAGCCCAGUGACCGCAAGGUCAUCUCCCUGGGCACCGGACGGCCCAGAGCAGACUACUAUCCAUGGGACUCUGUGACAAUCGAGUCGAUGCCAGCCACACUAGCCGGCGAGUCUUCCAGCCAUCAGACGACGAUAGACAAAUACACGGACACAUUCAAUCUAGCCAAUGGGCUCAACUACAGCAGUGGGGCUGGCUUCCCUCAUCUACUCCGAUUCCUUACAGAACACGUGGAAAUGAUGCAUCAACUGCGGUACUCCGACUGGGCCGUAUGUCCUUCGUGCGGCUCGACGUCUGCUCUGGACAUUGCUUACCGGAUCUUCUGUAACCGAGGAGAUACUAUUCUCACUGAGUGCUAUACCUACCCUGGCGCCGUGGAAGGAGCAGGCCUGCAGGGCAUCCGAGUGCAGGGAGUGGCCAUGGAUGCAGAAGGACUGCGCCCGGAUGUCUUGGACGAGAUAUUACGAAAUUGGGACACCUCGGCUUCUUCCAAACCCCGUGUCUUGUACAUGAUCCCUACCGGGCAAAACCCGACCGGGGUUACUCAGGGUCUGGCUAGACGCGAACAGAUCUAUCAGAUUGCGGAAACGCACGACCUAAUUAUCAUCGAAGAUGACCCAUAUUACUAUCUGCGUCUGGGCAUGCAGUUUGACGACGAGCUCAAUAGGCAGGGUCAUGGAGGCGAUAGCGUGCUCACCGCCAUCAACAGGUUUCAGGCACAGGCAGUCCCAUCCUAUCUCUCGAUCGAUCGAUCUGGUCGCGUCGUCCGCUUAGAUUCAACAUCCAAGAUCCUGGCACCUGGUCUUCGUGCUGAAUGGGUGACUGCCUCAUCGCAGGUCAUCCGCAAAUUCGUGGCCUACCAGGAGGUCUCGACGCUGGGAAUCAAUGGGCCGACCCAGCUCAUGCUUUGGAAGUUGCUCGAUGAGACGUGGGGUCACGAAGGCUUUUUGUUGUGGCUGUCGAAUCUCUCACGGCAGUACCAGUUACGUCGUGAUAUUCUGUUGCGGGCUUGUGAAAAGUAUCUCCCUCGCGGACUUGUGUCUUGGAAUUGUCCCCAGUAUGGGAUGUUUCUCUGGCUGCAGCUCGAUUAUCGCCAGCAUCCCCUGCUUCGCCACCAGACGACAACCGACUUCAUCCAGGUCACGAAAGGGUCAUUAUUCUCGCCUAGCCCGAAGCGCCAGGGUAUGCUCUACAUCCGGUUGACGUCUGCGGCUGCGCUGGCGAAGGAUUUGAGUGAAGGUGUCAAGCUUUUGUCAGAUGUAUUGCGGGAGGAGUUUGCCUUGGAAGCCCAUAUGGUGUAG